AUCUUCCAGAAAAAAACUCCUCCUAAACCCCCGAAAACCCUAACCUUUCGUCCGCGCCGCCGCACGGGUCGCCAUGGCUCUCUUCGCCGCCGCUCGCCGCGCCGCCACCUCCACCCUCCCCCUCCUCCGCGCCUCCGCCUCCGCCGCGGGGACCACCCGCGGCGCCGCCGCCCUGCUCCGCCCCCUGGCCGCCGCCGCCGCGGCGCGGCCGCAGCCUCGCUCGAUGCCCUUCUCGUCGGCCCCCUCCACGAGGCCCAGCUCAGAUGGCGAGCUCCUCCGCAUCAUCGACGCCGAGAUCAAGUUCGCCGAGGAGAGCGACGACCACGACCGGGUUGAGGAGAUUCCUGACAACUUCCCCUUUAAAAUUAGUGAUGAAAAGGGCUUUAAUUCAAUUACUCUCACAAGAACUUACCAGGGUGAGAAUAUUGAGGUUCUAGUUUCCAUGCCCAGUCUUGUGACUGGCGAUGAACCUGACCGUGAGAAUGAGGCUGAUGAGGACAGAAACGAGGAUGAUCAGGAGGAAGAAACUCAGAAGGCCCCAAAAUCUAGCAUUCCUCUAACUGUCACCAUCUCGAAGGGAGAAGAGGGACCAAGCCUUGAAUUCAUCUGCACUGCCUAUCCUGAUGAGAUCCUCAUCGAUGCCUUGUCUGUGAUGCCAUCAGAGAGUGGGGAAGAUGAAAUGAUCACGUAUGAGGGCCCUGAUUUCAAUGACCUUGAUGAAAACCUGCAAAGGGCAUUCCACAAGUACCUGGAGAUGCGCGGGAUUACGCCCAUGGCCACAAACUUCCUACACGAGUACAUGAUCAACAAGGACAGCCGAGAAUACCUCAUCUGGCUGAGGCGGCUGAAGGAUUUUGUUAGGAAUUAAUGAUUAACACAAUCAUUUCCUUGCCAUAAGAUUAGUUUUGAGGGCUGUGAACCGCUCCUUUCUAUAAGUAUACAUGGACCAUGAAUUGUGAAUGUAUGCUUAUUUAGGCGUUUAAGGUCGUUGUCGUGACCAAGUUUUUUGGCAGUAUCAUAAUGGCUCAUGAGUCAUGAACCUGGAUGUUGGAACCAAUGGAAAUGCUUCAGUUAGGAUAUUCUGUGAUUUUCAUCUACACUGAUGUUGCUUUGUUUCA